CCAUUGGCUGAGGGGCUGUAGGAGGAGGCGGCGGAGCGCGAUGGGAUGGGGUCAGGCGGUGCGGGGCGCGCUGCGGGGUGCGGCGGCUGUGGCGGCGCCGGUGCGGGGCAUGUGUGCCCAGGCGCAGGACUGGCGCUCGGCCAGGUCCAUCUACGACUUCCACGCUCAGGACAUCGAUGGCAACGACGUGUCCCUGGAGCAGUACCGGGGAUACGUUUGCAUCAUCACCAACGUAGCUUCGAAAUGAGGAAAGACCCCCGUAAACUACACUCAGCUUGUUGACUUGCACGCCCGAUACGCUGAGAGGGGUUUACGUAUCCUCGGCUUUCCCUGCAACCAGUUUGGGAAGCAGGAACCCGGGGACAACGCUCAGAUCAAAGCGUUUGCUGCGAGCUACGGGGUAAAGUUCGACAUGUUCAGCAAGAUCGAUGUGAACGGGGACGAUGCUCACCCGCUCUGGAAGUGGAUGAAGGACCAGCCCAAAGGACGAGGCACCUUGGGCAAUGCAAUAAAGUGGAACUUCACUAAGUUUCUCAUUAACCGGGAGGGCCAAGUGGUGAAGAGAUACAGCCCCAUGGAGGAUCCUUAUGUGAUAGAGAAGGACCUGCCUGCCUACCUCUAGGUCUGCUCUUCUCCCUGCUGUCCCCCCACCCAGCGCCGGCCUCCCGCUGCCCAUGGACUCUCCUCCUCCAGCCCCGAUGAUGGCCUGUCUUCAAGCCAGCCUGCUGGUGAGGCAGACCUGAAACCAGGCGUGCAGUUGCUGGACGGAGGCUUCAUGGGGCCGGCGGCCGCUGCUGGGCAUAGAGCAGCACCCCGAGUCCCCUUGCAAUAAUAAAUAGAGGUGUUAGAAAUGA